AUGGCUUCUCAAAGUGACAAGAGCGUGCUCGGCAUGCCCGGCUUCGUUGUCGACUUCCUCAUGGGUGGUGUUUCCGCCGCUGUCUCCAAGACCGCUGCUGCCCCCAUUGAGCGUGUCAAGCUCCUGAUCCAGAACCAGGAUGAGAUGAUCAAGCAGGGUCGUCUUGACCGCAAGUACACCGGUAUUGUUGAGUGCUUCAAGCGUACCAUCGCCGCUGAGGGUACUGCCUCUUUGUGGCGUGGUAACACCGCCAACGUUAUCCGUUACUUCCCCACCCAGGCUCUUAACUUUGCCUUCCGUGACACCUACAAGUCCAUGUUCUCCUACAAGAAGGACCGUGACGGUUACUUCAAGUGGAUGUUGGGUAACUUGGCCUCCGGUGGUGCUGCCGGUGCCACUUCCCUGCUCUUCGUCUACUCUCUGGACUACGCCCGUACCCGUCUGGCCAACGACGCCAAGUCCGCCAAGGGCUCCGGUGAGCGCCAGUUCAACGGUUUGGUUGAUGUCUACCGCAAGACCCUCGCUACCGACGGUAUUGCCGGUCUCUACCGUGGUUUCGGUCCCUCCGUUCUUGGAAUUGUUGUCUACCGUGGUCUCUACUUUGGUCUGUACGACUCCAUCAAGCCCGUUCUCCUGGUUGGUGCCCUCGAGGGUAACUUCCUUGCUUCCUUCUUGCUCGGCUGGACUGUUACCACCGCUGCCGGUGUUGCCUCUUACCCCCUUGACACUGUCCGUCGUCGUAUGAUGAUGACCUCCGGUGAGGCUGUCAAGUACAAGUCCUCCCUCGAUGCUGCUCGCCAGAUCGUCGCCGCUGAGGGUGUCAAGUCUCUCUUCAAGGGUGCUGGUGCCAACAUCCUCCGUGGUGUUGCCGGUGCCGGUGUCCUGUCCAUCUACGACCAGGCCCAGCUCCUGCUCCUCGGAAAGAAGUUCAAAUAA